CGCUCAUUGAGGCCCCGCCCCCUCCCCGCGGUGUCGGCGCGGCGCGGGGCGCGCUCGGGGCUCCCAGGGCGGCGCUCGGAGGGGGCCCCCCCCCGGGACCCCCCCCCCCCGGGCCAUGUCGGUGAACAUGGAGGAGCUGCGGCACCAGGUGAUGAUCAACCAGUUCGUGCUGGCGGCCGGCUGCGCCGCCGACCAGGCCAAGCAGCUGCUGCAGGCGGCGCACUGGCAGUUCGAGACCGCCCUGAGCGCCUUCUUCCAGGAGAGCAACGUUCCCGGCAGCCACCACCACCACCAGAUGAUGUGCACCCCGAGCAACACGCCGGCCACUCCGCCCAAUUUCCCGGACGCCCUGGCCAUGUUCUCCAAGCUGCGGACGUCGGAAACCCUACAGAGCAGCAACAGCCCCAUCCCCUCCAUGGCCUGCUCCCCCCCGGGGGGGUUCAGCCCUUUUUGGGCUUCGUCCCCCCCCGGGCAGGGGGGGCAACAGCAGCAGCCCCCCCCCUGGCUGCCCCCCUCGUCGCCCACCUCCCACGGGCUCCAUCACCACCACCACCACCUGCACCCCCCCGCCCCGCCGCCCGCCGCCCCCCCACACAAAGCCGUGGCCACCAUGGACGGGCAGAGAUAAGGCUGGGGAUGCCCGGGGGGGGGGUGGGGGGGUCGGGGGGGGUGUUUUUUGGGGAGGGGGGGGGUCAGGGCGUUCGGAGCUGGGGGCUUCCUGAGAAACGCACUGGAAUCCUUUUUUUUUUUUUUUUAGGUUUUAUUAAUUUUUUUUUUUUUUUUGGGGUGGGGGGGGGGGACACGAGUCGCCAGCUGUUUUUUUUUUUCUCUUCCCCCCCCCCAUUUUUUUUUUUUUUAAUAUAUAACUAUAAUAUAUAAAUAUAUCUAAUGUAUAUAAACCCCGAAGGAAGGAGCGAGCAGGCACGGAGGGCUUGUGCCCCCCCCACCCCCCCUAGGAAAGGUAGGGGGGAGGAAA